UGGUGUGUGGUGUGAAAUGAACGAAAGAUAGACUUUUUCCAGCAGCCAAAUAGGCAAGAGGCUACAUGAUUCCAUGGACAUAACAAAGUUAUGGGCAUGGCCGAGAAGCCAAAAGGCCCGAUUCGUGUGGGAUUUUAUGACAUCGAGCGCACAAUAGGAAAAGGGAAUUUUGCUGUCGUAAAGCUAGCGAGACAUCGAAUAACCAAGACAGAGGUAGCUAUCAAAAUCAUAGAUAAGACUCAUCUAGAUGAAGUAAACUUGGAGAAAGUUUAUAGAGAAGUUCAAAUAAUGAAACAUCUUUCCCAUCCUAAUAUCAUCAAGCUUUAUCAGGUGAUGGAAACGAAGAACAUGGUGUAUUUAGUAUCAGAAUAUGCUAGUAAAGGGGAAAUAUUUGAGUUUAUUGCUCGUCAUGGUCGGAUGCCAGAGGCAGUGGCUCAGAAGAAAUUUUCUCAAAUCGUGUCUGCUGUACAAUACUGCCAUAAUCAAUGCAUUGUACAUCGAGAUCUAAAGGCGGAAAACCUUUUACUGGAUGACAACAUGAACAUCAAAAUAGCAGAUUUUGGUUUCAGCAAUUAUUACUCAUUGGAUAACCUCCUGACCACAUGGUGCGGGAGUCCUCCAUACGCAGCACCAGAGGUAUUUGAAGGCAAGAAAUAUGUGGGUCCCGAGAUCGAUGUUUGGAGUUUAGGCGUGGUACUUUACGUGAUGGUGUGUGGAACCCUACCUUUUGACGGAAGUAGUCUUCAAGUCCUUCGGGAGCGUGUUUUAUCUGGACGCUUUCGCAUUCCAUACUUCAUGUCUUCGGAAUGUGAAAACAUAAUUCGUCGGAUGCUAGUGUUAGACCCAAGCAAACGGUUCACUAUAGAAUACAUCAAGCAACAUAAGUGGAUGCAGGUUGAACGUGGGAACUCUUUGCCCCUUCCACUACAUCUUGGUUCUUUUUAUAGUGAUAGGGAAGCGGCCAAGGUUGGAGAAUUCAACGAGAAAAUUCUGAGGUUAAUGGAGAGUCUAGGCAUCGAUACGACUAAAACUAGAGAGUCUUUAGUGAAUGAGAAGUAUGACCAUCACGCUGCCAUCUACUUCCUUUUAUUGGAUCGUCUUCGGCAACAUCGGGCAACUGUUUCAGCUGCUAUACUGAAACAACCAGCUGACAUUUGCGACCUGCGCAGACCUAGCACCAUAGCUGAGCAAGCAAUGAGAAAAUUAGAUUCGCCAUUGCCAGUUUAUAAUCUUUAUCCUCAGUCAGUAUGUCCAUCAUCCGGGUCACCUACGUCACAAGCGGAUGCUGUGGAUUAUCAGUCUGAGUCGCGUCCAUACAUUGGUGCUUUGAGGCAUCAUGUGUUUAGUAAAACAACAGACGGAACGACGACAUUUGGUGGGCCUUUUAUUGGGCAUGCGUAUCGAAUUAGCAAGAAAGAGAUUGGUCAACUUUUACCUCUUUCAGUCCAUUCUAAACCUGAAGCUUAUCAAAUCCCUAAAGUAUUUCGCAGUCAAACUGGUAGUCCCAUGUCCAAAGUAACCGAGUCAUUAGAUGAAGGAUUGGAGGCUGAUUUUAGCGAAGGAUCUAGAGACUCCAAGACCCCACCCUUAGUUACACGAAGAUCGUCUUGCCAGUAUAGUGAACACGCUACUUGCUGUGGAGCGUUUUCCGAAUUAAAUGAUGGUCAUAGAGACAGCCCACCACUAAGCAAUCUCACACAAAUGCUUAGUUUGUCAGACUCGCCUGUUGGAAGUUUCACUAGCCAAGAGUCUAACUUUGAUAGUUUUGAUUCGCAAAUAGAAACAGACUUUGCGUCUAGUCUGUCUUCCUGUGCUGCGCAGGAAAACCUGAGUAUUGGAAAUUUUUAUGAUAGUCGUGAUGAAUCGCUGUGUGCAACCAUUCCGUGUGAGGUACUCUCACAAACUAGAAUCCCCAUUCGAAUCAACAAUAAAAAUCGAUCUUCUUAUAGACAUAAUCCAAUAGACUUCGAUCGCAGUGCUAAAGACUCCCCCACAAGUUUUCGAGAAGGUCGUCGUGCCUCAGAUAGUUUUUUUGCUGAAGGUGUAGUCCCAUUUUGUCAGAGACUUAGCCAGUCUUCUAAAGCUCAUGGGAUUGUUAGAUUAAACGAAGUUAAACAAGAAUACCAGCAACUUCAGAAUCUGUAUCCAAGUCAGUUGCCACAUGCUCAGAAAUUCCAUAACAAACUACAACACACACAAUACUGGUCAAUUACCAGAAGCUCAGUUCCAUCUUCAAAUAACCAUCUGCCAACCAAAAUUUAUAAACGUGUCAGUCUCCCAGAGAAUUUUACUGAUAUUUCAAAGUCUUCAGCUAUAACACAGAGAAUAGUUUGUGAAGAACCCCGGCUAGUGCCUCCCACAGAAUGUGGAGGAAUGCUAGUUGGUCAAAACAAACUUUUGCAAAAACAACUGCUUCAUCAGAGUCUUCAGCAGAAGAGACAAGUAUUACAAAAACAAUCGGCACUUUACCGCCGUCAGAUGGUGCGUCAAACAUCCUACACGCUUGCGCUGCCAGUCCCUUUGUUGCCUCCUCGUCCUGCAGAUCUUAUAAGUACUGCGUUACCUUUCCAGCCCAUUAGUGAAGAUAUAACUUCUCCAUCGGAUGAAGAAACUCACUGCCAGUUUUAUACACAAGAAGAGAAAUCCAAAGUUAUUGAAUAGAAUUACCCAAAACUGACCAUGGCGGGGAUUUGUCCUUUCAUUUCGUCAUUUCAGCCCUUCAGAUGAUAACGGUACUUUCAAGAAAGUGUAUCAGAAUGCAUUUAGGAAAGGAGAAACAAAAAACUAAUUUGUGUCUAGUCAAAUCAGGAUGAUUUCUUUUGGGGAGUCUGGUAAUUAAAGUCAGAGAGGACGUACUGAUUUCAGGUAAUCUAAUUCAACAGUAUAUGCGAAAUUGUGUAGUACUCAUCAUUCAAGUGAUGUUUUGUUGAUAAUAACUUAGGAAAUGUAAAUUGUUAAAAAAGUUAUAUUAGGUUUUCAAUAUAUCCGCUUUAAAUAAAAUCCUCUGAGGUAUGUUUCACGACUUAUGAAUUAUCUACAAAUAUAAAGCAAUUUAUAUGAGAAGUGAGGAGAUAUUUGAACGAAAGAAAAAGUAUUGUUAUUAUAAUGUAGUACACGUAUCAACUUAGACCUCAAAUGUUUCUCAUGAAGUAUUAUUAAUUGUCGUCGUUUUGUCGAUUUAAUCAUUUUGUUCCUUUGAGAUUGAAAACGAAUCUAAAUUUCUAACACGCAUAGCAGCAACGCGAUUAGCUUUAAAAAAUCAUAAACCUGUUUAUACAACAGUCCUGGAAUAGAAAACUGCCAAAUCACAUUUCUUCGUACUAAACUUUUUUGUCUUUAGUAAUCGACAUAGGCAACUCUGAAAGUAUAAAAUUUUAUCUUAUUUGCAUUGUUGUCAUUAUUUCAAGAAUUUGCGGCUGGGCAAAAUCUUUCAUUCUUAAAAUUUUAGAGAAUAACUUCAUUAAAAAGUAAAAAGCUAGAGUCCGUGUAAUAAUAAUCAUACAACCAUUGGUAUGCAGUUAUAAAGAGUGAGCCAAACAAAAGUUAUUUUAUUUCAAUAAACUGAAUUGACUUAACUGAAGAUAAUGUAUUAGUCCUAAUUCACUUACAAAUGAGGAAUCUCUAAAAAUGAAUAAAUAGUAAAGACAAAACGAUCAAAAGAUUUGAUAAGAUAUUACGAUUGCAGCGAUUUAAAAGAUUAACUCGCAAUGAUCAAAUACAUAAUCAUACAUUAAAAUUACUGUAAAUUAAAACCCAAAAGAUUAAAAUCGCACACAUAAUGUUGACCUAUUGCACAGCAAAGUUUCAUUUAUUAAAAACGGGACAUAGCCCGCAUAUAAACAUUUUCGAAUUAUAUAUAUGUGCCCCCAUCAGAUCUUCUCUAAAGUUGUUCAGAAAGGAUAUGGUUAUAAAUAAUAGUUUUGUCGGUGCUGAAAUAAUAAAGAAGUUUGUAAAACUGUUUACUCAGUUUUAUAUAUACACACACACACAUAUAUAUACAUGUUAUUUUCCAGUUUUCCUAUGUUACAACACCUAAUUACAUUGCUUAUUUCGUAGCAACAAAAGUCAUGUUGUAAGGCUGGGAUGCGCAUUUCUUUGUUUACUCAUAGUUUUAUUUUUCUUCAACUUUUGUUUUUGAAACAUUAUAUUUUGCUAUUCCUCUAUAACGGUUUAUGGGAGAUUGUACUAGGUUGACUUUCUUUAAAAGAAAGUAUUGAAUUGAACUUGUGAUUUGACAGGAUGUAAAAUAGUUGCAUUCCAGCAUGUGUGUGAUAUAUGUCUAUACGUACAAUAGUUCAUUAUACUUUACCAGAAACAAGGCUAAUUUCUACAACUGUUACAAGUUGAAAGAAACGCAAAAAUAUCUGUUAAACAAUACAACAUGUAAAAAUUUUAAUGGCAGCGUAUGUUCAAUGGCAAUAGUGUGAAACACGGAAUACUAAAAUAUAAAACGAUAAAACUUCUAAUGAUUUUAUCGGUUAUAUAUUCUGUUUCUGUAAGAUUUUUGAAAUAGGGUUAUUCUUUCAAUUGCUGCAAGGUUUAAGAGUAAUUUUGCAAUGAAAAGUAGUGAGUGAAUAUUAACUAUACAAGCCUGUGUGUGUCACGUCACGCUUGAUUUUUCUCGAAUUCUCAAAAUAGAAAGAGUCAUAAAAGCCAAAAUGCAUUUACCCACAUAGAAUAGUUCGACUACUGUCUGCCCAUUAAGAUUUUAGUGACGGGUUGUAACAGGGGCGUGAAACCUUAUAAGUGUAGUGAGUGUGGUAUGAUAAGCCUAAAGUAAAGACGUAGUGUAGGAUCACCUAGCCUAGAGCCAAGUGCAUAAAAUUUGUCAUGAAAGUAACAAUUUCAAUUCA